AUGUUGGCCUCCAUCCUCUCGCCCACAGCCGCUCCUCCUCCUCCUCCUCCUCCCAACUACGCCGUCACCUUCGACUUCUCCACCGCAACGCGCACCACCAACACUGCCGCGACCGUUGAGGUCGACGUGAUGCCCUUCCUGGGCCGCACGUCGAGCGGCGGCCCCUUUGGAGCCUACUACGAGGCGCUCUCCGGUCUCGGCGCCGAGUUCGUGCGCUUCGCGCCGUGGUUCCCCAACCCGCGCGUCGUCGUGACCGAGCUGACGCCGCCCAACUGCAACGCCACCCACGCGGCGACCAACUGGGACUCGACGGCCUUCGACGAGGUGAUGAGCAACUUCUACUCGGCCGUGUGCGGCCCCGGCGCGGCCGACGGCGCGUGCGAGCGCUCGGUCGUGCAGCAGCUCUCGACGAUGCCGUCGUGGCUCUUUGUCGACGGCUACGACUACACCAAGCUGCCCGCCGACCCGUGGAACACGCCCGACCCGUUCGACGUCUACACGGCCGGCAGCGCGCUCAAGGACCCGAGCUGCGCGGAGAUGGCGCGCUACUUUGCGCGGCUGGCCGGCUGGUACACGGCGGGCGGCUUCCACGACGAGUGCGGCCACUGGCACGCGUCGAGCCUGCGGUACGCGUGGUACGGGCUGUCGAUCCUCAACGAGGACGAGCACCACCUGCAGCCCGACGGCGGCCCGGCGUACACGACGUGCUACGACGCCGUCAGGGCGGCGGUCGCCAAGGUCAACCCGCAGAUCGUUCCCGCCGGCCCCGAAUGGGCGGUGCCGGCGGUCGACGUGCUCGGCUACUUUCUAAACGCGAGCAACCACGCCGACGGCGCGCCGCCGCCGCUCGUGACCUACCACUGGGCCUCGUCGCACGACGCCGCCACCGCCGAGACCUUCUUCACCGCGUGGGACGGCGCCCUCAAGAACAAAAUCGAUCCCAUCGGCGCGCUGGUGGACCCGGCGAAGACGCAGCUGGGGCUCAACGAGUUCAUCCCGUUUGUGAAGGACUACUUCGACUGCAACGGCGUCCCCGCCGACGUGUGCAGCGAGGCGGCUGACGUCUACAGCGGCUGGAUGGACCCGCGCUUCGCGCAGGGCGACCCGGACUUGCAGCACGCGAAAGGCAUCGGCAUCAACCGCACGACCGUCUCUUGGAACGCGGCGGCGAGCCUCUUUGCGUACGCGUUUGGCACGCUGGCGGAGCGCGGCUACCUCUUCGUCGGUCAGGACCAGCUGAUUGGCGGCACGUGGCCCGACAACGAGCCUGCUGUGAGCAUGCUCGACUGGCAGAGCGGCGAGCCCAACGCCAAGUACUGGGUGACGCAGCUGCUGGCGGCGGGCGUCGGCAGCAAGGCGGCCAAGCGGCUCAGCCCCUCCAACACGAGCGACCCCUCCGCGCUCUACGCCCUCGCCUUCACGGCGACGGCGCCGCCCCACGCGCGCAGCCUGCUGCUCGUCAACAAGCGGCAGGCGCCCGCGACCGCCGCGCUGACCGGCCUCACGGGCGGAGAGGCCUCGUGCGUCGAGGUGGGCGCGGGGCUGUCGGAGCCGGGCUUCGCGCCCAUCGUCGUAAAGCGGCUGUCGAGCGCGGGGGUGCUGGCCAUGGGAGGCUUCGCCACGUGCGUCGUGUCGUCGCUGCAGCUCGAUGGAGGGGUUGAGCAGGAUGUGGUUGUGGAGGUUGUGUAG